CCCGCGCGGAGCGGAGCAGAGACGUCGACGUUACGCACCAGCCUCGAGGACUCAGCCGGACUCCAUCGCUUUAGCCCCAGUGGACGCGUCCGGAGCAGAAUGCAGUCGGUGUGCCAGCAGCUGGUCGGCCUGUUGCUCGUCUUCGGCAGCCUGCAGGUGACGGAGGGCUGCUCGUGCGCUCUGUCCCACCCGCAGGACGCCUUCUGCAACUCCGACAUCGUGAUUCGAGCUAAAGUCGUGGGCAAGAAGCCUCUGAGAGAUGGACCUUUUGGAACGAUGCGCUACACAGUCAAGCAGAUGAAGAUGUACAAAGGAUUCGAAAAGGUCCAGCACGUGCAGCACAUCUACACGGACGCCUCGGAGAGUCUGUGCGGCGUGAAGUUUGACAUCAACAAGUACCAGUACCUGAUCACAGGUCGCGUGUACGAAGGCAAGGUCUACACAGGGCUGUGCAACUUCAACGAGCGAUGGGAGCGCCUCUCAUUGGCCCAGAAGAAGGGUUUCAACCAUCGCUACCAGCUGGGCUGCAACUGCAGGAUCAAGCCCUGCCAUUACCUGCCCUGCUUCGUGACCUCAAAGAACGAGUGCCUAUGGACGGACAUGCUGUCCCACUUCGGCUACCCGGGCUACCAGUCCCGGCACUACGCCUGCAUCCAGCAGAAGGAGGGCUACUGCAGCUGGUACCGGGGCAUGGCUUCACGCGACAAAACAACCAUCAACGCCACCGACCCCUGAACUCAAACCAACCCCCGCCGCCUCCCCGACUCCGUCCCGACCCGUUUCCGGCCAGAGAAUUACAGGACUCUUUCAGCUCACCUGCGUUGGUGGCGGCCUCUUUAAAGUGGCAACAACAGAGAAAAGACCACAUCCAUUACAGUGCCUGCUUCGUAGCACUUCUGAUAAAAAAUCAAUUACUGUUUUUCUUUGUUUUUCCCAAAGCGUGAAUCAAAGUCAUCUUCAGGGCUCAGUGCUGUUAAAUGCGGGCUGAAGGCAGACGGUUAUAAAACCAACCUUCAUUGGAUCAUGAGAGUUGAUUAACUAAUUCUCAAGAAACACAAUUCUAAGUUAUAAUGCGCCCCAUUUGAUUAGCAGCCUGCAGUUAGCCUGCCGCUAACUACGUCUUUUUUUGCAUCGUGGCAGUUCAUAUUUUAAAUGGACUCUCUAUAGUUCACAAUCUAUCGGAUUAUUUUCAAUCAGUGUAAGCUAUAUGAAAGUACAGCCAAUGAUCAUUAUGUAAAUGUAAAGCUGUUACAUUGUUGCUACUGAACUGUACUUGCUAGCAUUAGACUCCACAUCAACAAUGCAGAUCAAGUGCAAAUGUGAGGUAUGAGCUCUGAAUACUAUACCUUUUUAUAUCUGCCUCAAUUUAUUUUAUGAUUUAAAAAAAAAAAAGAAAAAAAAAAAAAAAACCUUCUUGCAGAGAUGGUGAUAUUUAAUUUUUUGCUGUAUAUAACAUAAGCUACAGACAUGGACUAUCAUUUCAACUGAAACCUUGUUAAUGAAUUUAUUUAUAUGAUUAUUGGAGUACACAGUAAAGUAUUAUCUGCAAAAACACAAAAAAACUAACAAAUAGUAACAGUCCAAACUACUUUUGCAACUAUUGCAGCCUGUGCAACUGUCCAGAAUGAAGGACCCGCAUCUCCAGUAGUUUAGUACAUAUGGUACUUUUCUUUGUUGGCUUAUAGUCCCCCGAACUGGUACUCUUCACCGAUCCAAUGAAAGUCAAGUGUAAGCAGAGGUUUCAGACAUAUUUUGUAAGAGUAUAUCUUUUUUUUAUUUAACUAUUUCAAAUGAACAAUAUAUAUAUAUAUGAAAUCAGUCAAAGUAACAAUAUUGUCACUAAAUUCAUUCUUUUUCACCUGCUCCCAUCAAGGUCUUUUGUCAGUGCUUGACCUUCUGUCCAUUCCAUGAGCGUCGGCCCCGACAUCAGUAACACGUAGAGAAUCUUCCAGCGUUACAGCCUAGUAGCUUUGACCAAGUCAGUCCUUUUCAAAAGAGCAGUAUGACAUUUUUUUGGAAAUAUAUUCUGUAUUCUUUCUUGCCGGUUGGCUUAAUUUACUGUCUUAACGCUAAGAUAAGCUAAGGAAAUCAUUUUUAUGUUUCCCAAAAUGUGUAAAUGUUUCCAUGUCUCCAUUCCAAAACAGCCAAAAUGUUUUCUUCAUAUAAAACCAGCAUUCAAACCACCUACAGACACAAGCUACGGUCAUACAAUCCAUUAAAAGAUAUUAAAUUAUGUUGAUCCACGCGUUUGAUUUAGCAUCGCAAGAUCUCUGCUUUUAACAAAAUAUCCUCCAAUCCCCUUUUUUUUUUUUUUGAGUGAAUA